AUGGAUUUGUCUGAGCGUAAAGAACGCUUUGUGGAGGCAGUCAACAUCAGGGUAAUGGAAGAAUUCGUCAAGAUCGUGAAUCUUCCAAUAGCAAUGAAAAAGAAUUUCGACUUGGUAAUUGAAGAUGUGCUACACAUUUUAGAAUAUGAUAAAAAAGACGAUAAAUUCCCGCUCACUUGGCCAAAGCCGAGUGGAUUUGGAUCAACUACUUUUGCGAUCAGCGACGCAGUGUCGCCAAUGCGAUUAUUCGCUCUUUUCACAAAAAAUAAUGAGGAAGCUUGCAUUGACGGUUUGCUCACUUUCCUUAUAAUGAAGCAUAAUAAGCGUCAGAAAGUUCCAUCCGACAAUUAG